CAACAACUGAAACUUCUAAAUUCAACUCAGCAAAAAUAAUUAAAGCCACAUUCUAACUUAACUUAUAGCCACACUUUAUUUCAAGAUUAUACUAUAAUGCUUACAUGCUUAAAUUUGCAAAAUUUUCAAAGUUUAAUUUAAAUAUUUGGAGCGUUAAAAAUGCAGCUACUGCAGCUUAUAUUAUUUACUUUAGGCUGGCUGCUUUAUCAGGCUAAGGCAGAUUACAAAAUAUUUUGUUAUUGGGAUGCCGAAAGUGUUGACAGACAUAAUAUCAGCCACUUUAAUACCUGGGAGUUGAGCGUUGAGUUUUGCACGCAUAUAGUUUAUGGCGGGGCGCUAGCAAUAGAUCCCAAGGGUACGGGCACGGUUAAGCUGCUGGACGAGCGGAACAUUAACGAUGAUACGAUUGGACGCUUUGCGCGCAUGGCACGUAACAUAUCAAAAAAGCUUAUUUCCUUGGGCGGCUGGAAAAUGGAUACGCAUAUGUUUAUCAAAAUGUUAAAAGAUAUGCGCAUGCGAGAUCGUUUCUAUACAUCGCUUUUAAGUUUCCUAACCAAGUGGAAAUUGGCUGGCGUACAAAUUGAUGUAGAAAUAUCCACGCAGGAUCGCAAAGCUUUUCUUAUAUUCCUAGAAGAGCUGCAAGUUGUACUGCAUGGCAAGAAGCUGCUGCUGCUGGUGACGGUGCCUGCUCGUUUGGAUGCGUACAAUCGAGAAGCCUAUGAUAUACCCAAGAUAGCAAGAUUUGCAGAUUUCGUUAGCCUAGUGACUCACGACUAUAGCGAUCCAUUCGGUAAGCAGCUGCGCUAUACGGCGCCACUUUAUGCCAAUGACAGCAGCGGCGUGGCGCAGUCCUUGGCGCAUUGGGUGCAGCAGAGCAAGCGUCCGGGCAAGCUCAUACUGGGACUGCCACUCUUUGCCAACAGCUACACUAUGGCUAACGCAGCAGCGCCCAGAGUAGGCGCAGCCAGCAGAGGCGCUGGUCAGCAGCACAAAUUCUCGCGUCGUCCGGGAUUUAUGAUUUAUGGCGAGCUCUGUUCAAUGCUGCGCACUUGGCACACCGAGUAUGACCAGCAGGCAGAGGCGGCCUAUGCAUACAAGGGUAAUCUGUGGGUGAGCUAUGAGAAUGAGCGCAGUCUCAGAGCCAAGCUGCUCUUUCUAAAGCAACAGCAGCCGCCGCUAGCAGGCGUCAUGAUCUGGAGCGCAGAUGCCGAUGACUUCCGCGGCAACUGCGGCAAACCGAAUGGACUACUGCGCACUAUUAUCGCUGGCAUUGGUGAUGCAAGACUGCUGACUACACCCAAACCCACAACGGAGGGCAUUGGACUGUGCCCGCAUGAUGGCUGGUUCAGGCAUCCCUGGGAUUGCCGUUUAUAUCACGAAUGCCGCGAUGCUCAGCGCACGGACUUUGAAUGCCUCAAGGGCUACUAUUUCCAUGUGGAGCAGGCGGAGUGUUUGCCUGUCGACAAGGUGCCUUGCGAUGAUGACUUUGUCAACUGGCGUCCCGGCAUGAGAGGUUACAGUUUUGAAGAUUUACCGCUUAAUCUAAGAGUCGUGCAAUAAAUUAGCGUAAAACUUAAAA